CCAAGAUUCUUAGCGACCGGAAGUGUUGAUGAGGCUAGAAAAAUGCUAUGCGCUAUUGAUAAUAGUUUCACGGUGCUUGUUUUAAGCAGGACCCUCUUGCAAACAAUCGGCGCAGGGCGCUAAUCCAAACAAACAUUUGAUGGUAAUGUGUUCAAAACUCAAAGAAGAAGAAGAAGAGUCUAGCAACCAACACCACAACCAACAAGGAACAGUUAAGCUUCUCGGAACAUAGUUGAAACAUCUUGUGUUGGAUCCGGUUUUGUAGUUGAAGAGAAAUGAAGUUAAAUAUUGAAGGGCUGUUGGUGUACUUUCCAUACGACUACAUUUACCCUGAACAGUACUCUUAUAUGCUGGAACUCAAGAGAACACUUGAUGCCAAGGGACAUGGAGUUCUGGAGAUGCCAUCAGGGACAGGAAAAACCAUCUCCCUUCUGUCGCUGAUUGUUGCAUAUCAGCGAGCCCAUCCUCUGGAGGUAACCAAGCUCGUUUAUUGCUCACGGACAGUCCCUGAGAUUGAGAAGGUUGUGGAGGAAUUGAGGAAACUUAUUGAAUUUUAUGCUAAAGAGACAGGCAAGCCAAACAACUUCUUAGCACUGGCUCUCUCUUCCCGCAAAAACCUGUGUGUUCAUCCAGAGGUCAGUUCACUGCGCUUUGGGAAGGAGGUGGAUGGGAAGUGUCACAGUCUGACUGCAUCGUAUAUGCGAGCCCAGCGCCAGAGUGACCCCAGCCUGCCGUCCUGCUGCUUUUAUGAGGAGUUUGAUGCUGUCGGCAGACAGGUGCCAGUCUCAGCUGGUGUGUACAACCUUGAUGACCUGAAGGAUUAUGGACGCAGAAAGGGAUGGUGUCCCUACUACCUGGCAAGAUACUCAAUCCUUCAUGCAAAUAUAAUAGUGUACAGCUACCACUACCUCCUGGACCCAAAGAUUGCAGACCUGGUCUCCAAAGAGCUUUCUAAAAAAUCUGUGGUUGUCUUCGAUGAAGCUCACAACAUUGAUAGUGUGUGCAUUGAUUCUAUGAGUGUCAACAUCACACGCAAGACCUUGGAUCGCUGUCAACUCAACGUGGACACUUUGCAAAACACGAUUCAGAGGAUCAAAGAAACAGACGCAGCCAAACUCAAAGAGGAGUAUAGACAGCUGCUGGAAGGGCUGAAGGAGGCAAGCGUGGCAAGAGAAACAGACGUCUUCUUGUCUAACCCAGUGCUACCAGAUGAAAUCCUUCAAGAGGCUGUUCCUGGCAGCAUCCGCACUGCAGAGCACUUCAUAGGCUUCUUGAAGCGUUUCCUUGAGUACUUGAAGUCCAGGUUACGUACCCACCAUGUGGUACAGGAAAGUGCUCCUCAGUUUCUCAAGGACAUCUUUGAGAAGGUGUGCAUUGAUCGGAAACCCAUGAGGUUCUGUGCUGAGCGGUUACACUCUUUACUACGAACACUGGAGAUCGCAGACGUUGCUGACUUCUCUGCUAUUACACUCAUCUCACAUUUUGCCACUCUGGUCAGCACCUACAGCAAAGGCUUCACCAUCAUCAUCGAGCCCUUUGAAGACAAGACCCCCACCAUUGCCAAUCCAGUGCUGCACUUCAGUUGUAUGGAUGCUUCCAUUGCCAUUAAGCCAGUGUUCGAACGAUUCCAGACAGUCAUCAUCACCUCAGGGACACUCUCUCCUUUGGAUAUCUAUCCCCGUAUUCUGGAUUUCCGUCCAGUCACCAUGGCAUCGUUUACAAUGACACUGGCACGAACCUGUCUUUGUCCCCUGAUUGUUGGAAGGGGCAAUGACCAGGUGGCCUUGAGUUCCAAAUAUGAGACACGAGAAGAUUUUGCUGUCAUUCGCAACUAUGGCAACCUGCUACUUGAGAUGUCUGCCAUUGUUCCAGACGGCAUAGUGGCAUUCUUCACCAGUUAUCUGUACAUGGAGAAUAUUGUGGCGUCGUGGUAUGAACAGGGGAUCCUGGAGAAUGUCCAGAGAAACAAGCUCAUUUUCAUCGAGACGCCCGAUGCAGCUGAGACCAGCAUGGCCCUGGAGAAGUAUCAGGAGGCGUGUGAGAACGGCCGAGGAGCCAUCCUGCUGUCUGUGGCCCGGGGGAAAGUUUCUGAAGGAAUUGAUUUUGUGCAUCACUAUGGACGGGCCGUGAUCAUGUUUGGGGUCCCAUAUGUUUACACACAGAGCCGCAUUCUCAAGGCUCGCCUGGAGUAUCUUCGAGACCAAUUUCAGAUCAGGGAAAACGACUUCCUGACUUUUGACGCCAUGCGGCAUGCUGCGCAGUGCGUUGGCAGGGUCAUCCGUGGGAAGACGGACUAUGGCCUCAUGAUCUUUGCUGAUAAACGCUAUGCCCGGGCUGAUAAACGAGGGAAGCUGCCACGCUGGAUCCAGGAGCAGAUCACUGACAGCAGUCUGAACCUCUCUAUCGAUGAGACCAUACAGCUGUCCAAGCACUUCCUGCGACAGAUGGCCCAGCCCUUCAAACGGGAAGACCAGCUGGGCUUGUCCCUCCUGACUCUGGAACAACUCCAGACAGAGGAGAUGCUCAAGCGGAUCACCCAGCUGGCCCACCAGGCCUGAGGAGCAGACACCCUCACACCAUCCAUUCCAGUCCUUUCAGCCACGAAUAAAUCUACUUUUGUACAAUUUCUCAUGAUGUACUUAUCAUUUAUACAGAACGGAAACCUUUAUAGUUUCUUACACUAUACAACCUUUAACCUUUAAUGCCCAGCUGUAUCUGUAUAUGUAUUUUUAAGGUCACACACCACAUAUUUCUGCGCCGUAGAGAACCUGGUUUUGUUGUCAAAAUAAAAAUGUCCUCUUUCUGAAACAUGAACAUUGACAACACAGGAUUCUGAUAAUUGGGUAUUGACCCUUGUUUUGAGGAUGUACAGUACCUUGCGAAAGUAUUCAACCCCCCUGAAAGUCGUCACUGUUUUCUAGAAUCUAGAUUACGGAUAGUUUCUCUAGUAUGUCUCUUUCUAUACACAUAUUUUCUCAAGCAGUAUUUUUGUAGUAAACAUUUAGGUUACAGUAUACAUCCAAAGUCUUAAUAAUUUAUCUACGUACAUUCAAAAAUAAAUCAAUAAACUGAA